AUGUCGUUCCCUCCAGCUUCCCCAGAGGAGUUGAAUCCCCUUCCCGUCAAUUAUAAUUCUUCAAAUACUCCACUACCUCCGAACUUGGUCGCCACCUUUCCCCGCCAUGCGGCUACGGAACCCCCGAGCUCGACCUCUCGCAGCUGUGUGACCUGCCGUCGCAGGAAAGUCCGCUGCAACAAGCGAUCCCCGUGUUCGAACUGUACCAAAGCCGGCAUCGACUGCACCUUUCCCCCUCCUGGCCGUGCCCCCGCGGAAAUCGAAACGGGCAAUGGUGGUACAGAGGGUGGAUCGACCUCGACUCAGGCGCCGCCUUCUACGACUGGAUCUUCGACCGUUCGGAGCGAGCCGACUGCGCCCACGUCUGUUUCGACUGAGCCACAAAACCAGGUUGACGGUGGACGUCACUGUCCGUUUGAAGCUUCGGAUCCGAAGAAACUCGCUCCCAAUAAGUUUGAGAAUGAAUUUGGGCGGUUGGUCAUUGAUGAAGGCCGGAGCCGAUAUGUCAGCAAUCGGCUCUGGACUAGUCUUGGGGACGAGAUAGAGGAGCUGCAGGAUAUCCUUGACCAUUCGUCCUCGGGGGAAGAUGAUACACCUUCACCAGAGUCUUCUCAGUCGGCCUCCCAUGACGGCUUCCUUUUUGGAUUCUACUCGCUUUCAAAGUCUCUUCGAGAGUUUCACCCCCCAAUGCCCAAGGUCUCCUUACUUUGGGAAACAUACCAGGAAAAUGUGGCUCCUUUGGUCACCAUCGUACACCGACCGACUGCCAGAGACCUGUUUUCCCAAGCAGCACGGAACCCUGAUGCCUUGGACAAAAAUUCAGAGGCAUUGGUAUUUUCCAUGUAUCUUUGUAGCAUUGUCAGCAUGAAGCCAGAUGACUGUUGGUUCCAGUUCGGGGAAGACCGAACUAUUGCUGUCAAGAGGUACAGGUUUGCUACAGAGCAAGCGCUUGCAAAAGCCGGGUUCUUGAAUACACAAAGCUUGGUCCUUCUGCAAGCGGCUGUCUUAUUCUUAGUCUGCGUGCGACGAGAAGAUGAUAGCAAAUUUGUGUGGUCUAUGACAUCGAUUGUAUUACGCCUUGCUCAGAGCUUAGGCUUACACCGGGAUGGCAGCAAUUUCGCUCUGAAACCGUAUGAAACAGAGAUGCGGCGCCGAUUAUGGUGGCAUAUUUCACUAUUGGAUGUCCGCUCAUCUGAAGACCAUGGGACCGACCCACUCAUUCACGAGAGCAUGUACGAUACUCUACUGCCAUUAAAUCUCAAUGACGACGACCUGUCGCCUGACAUGGAAGAGCCCCCCAAGGAGCGAGAAGGCUUCACGGAUGUCACAUUCUGCCUCAUUCGCUAUCGUGCUGGACAGAUGAUUCAAAUUAUCAGUGAUCGAUGUGAACAACGAUAUAUCAAGCACUGUGAUAUGAACAUUCCCUUGCAGUGGUGCACCGCCACAGUUGGGCGUCUCAUCCUUGCUAAAUUAUGGCUGAUCGUCCAUCACCCAAUGACCCGAAAAGAGCGUGGAAAUGUGUCACAAGCAACGAGAGAGAGCUUGUUUCUGACUGCAAUUGAGGUCCUUGAGUUUGGCCACUUGCUUGAAACCGAUCUCAAGACCGCCAAAUGGGGCUGGCUGUUCCGGACCAAUAUGCAAUGGCAUGGAAUCGCAUUUGUUCUGUCCGAGGUAUGCGUACGACCAAUUUGCCCUAUUACCGAUCGAGCUUGGAGCGCUGUCAGUUCGAUCUACACAGAAUGGGCCAUGCAGGCCACACAUAAGAAGGGCAUGCUGUGGCGGCCGCUCGCCGCCUUGAUGAAAAGAGCUGCUGCCACCCGGUCCAAGCACAAGGAAGAAUUGCUAUCCAGUUUUGGACCAUUCCCCACCACAACAGAGCCUAUUCAAAGCAUCAAUCAUAACCAUACUCUUCCGCGGAUUCAUAUGCCAAUAGGGAUGCCAAAUUCGCCCUCGAUAAAUCGGCCAGGCUCAACAGCAUCUGAUACAGACUAUGACCCCAGCAAUGGACCAUUGGGUGCUCUUCGAAAUAUGUUCCCUGGCAUAAACAUCCUAGCUACUUCAAACGAUAUAUUCGAUGCUCCACCGGCCCAGAAUAAUAUCUCGGCACCGAGCUUGCCCACAAGCCUUCCCUACAACACAACCAUGAUAAACCCAUUCUUGAAUGAGGCUCCCCUUCCUGACACCACUCAGCUCAACUGGGAGGAAUGGGAUCAAGUCAUGCGUGAUUUCCAGAUGGAUGUUGAAAAUGACGAUUCUCUGCCAACCAACGGUAAUGUUGCCGAAUGGUUUGCUUAG